UCGAGUAUGACCGGAAAAUGUUGUCUGACUAACAGCGCUCACUGGUGGCGGCCUGGUAGUGUGCGAUUUCGAAGUGUGAAUGUACGGCAUUUUAUUUUUUUUUCAGUUGAAUUUAGAAUUUUAACGCGAGUAGACGGCAUAGCUUGUGGAAUCGAUUUGAAAAAAAAAAAAAAAAACAAAAAAUACACACAAAAUAAAUAAAUAAAAUUAAAACGCGCCCGUCCACCCCCGUGUUUCACAUUAACAUUGAGUGCAGUGCCCAGUUGUAGAACUGAAAGAUAAAUAAACAACAACAACCAAAAUCGAAACAUUUAAUGGAAAAAUAAAAAUAGAAUUUUUAUUUACAAUUUGGAAAAAACAAAACUAAUUCACCAUGACCGUGUUGGAGGAAAAAUUAAAAGAAUCCAAUAAGAAAUUGAAAGAAUUCUCCACAGAAUCUAGGGAGAAACUCAAGGAAUUCUCCAUGGAAUCGAAGGAAAAAUUAAAGGAGCUUUCCAUGGAAUCGAAGGAAAAAUUAAAGGAGCUCUCCAUGGAAUUCUCAAAAGAAAUUGAGGAAAUAUCCAGUCACAUGAAAAUCGAAUGGGCUCCGUUACAUGUACCACCUCGGCGCCGCAUUCAAACAUUGGCAGCUGGAUUUUAUGUUUAUGUAUUUAUGUUUUUGCCAUUUAUUUCGUUGUUUUUAACUGCCUUUUUCUUGCUUUACUUAAAUUAUCUUGGACGAGCUUUGUUGUUGGUCUACUUGACAUAUAUUUAUUUUGAUCACACAAAACGGGCAUCACAUUUGGAUGGUAAUGGCUGGAAAUUUUUGCGUAACAAUUUUUUGACCAAUCACUUGCGUGAUUAUUUCCCCAUUGAAUUGGUAAAAACCGCCGAAUUGACACCGGACCGCAACUAUUUGGUGGUCAGUUUUCCACAUGGCAUUAUUGGAACUGGCGUUACCAACAACAUGGGCAACAAUAUUGGUAAAUGGUUGAAAUUAUAUCCCGGAAUUCGACCAAAAAUUGCCACCUUGGAUAUGCAUUUCCGUAUACCGUUUAUGCGUGAAGUAUUGCGUCUUUGGGGUUUGGUAUCCUGCUCGAAGCAAUCUCUACUCUAUUAUCUUGGCAAAUCCAAUGAUCCUGCACAUCCUGACAAUCGUGAUGGCUAUACCUCAAAUGCAGUGGCUUUGUUGGUAGGUGGUGCUGAAGAAUCGCUGGAAUCACAUCCAGGACGCUAUGUUUUGGUGUUGAAAAAUCGUAAAGGUUUCGUGAAGAUUGCCAUACGUUCUGGAACUCCCAUUGUGCCCUCGUUUUCCUUCGGCGAAGUUGACAUAUUCGAACAGGUUGCCAAUCCACCAGAUUCUAUGUUGCGUAAAUUCCAGUCAUUUGUCAAACAUUUUACCGGUGUCUCCCCACUAAUCGUUUUGGGUCGUGGUUUCUUCCAAUACACCUUUGGUCUGUUGCCCUAUCGCCGCCACAUUGUCCAAGUUGUGGGUGCACCCAUUCCUGUCAAACAAAUGGAUGAACCCGACACGCAGUAUGUCAAUGAAAUCCAUCAAAAAGUUAUCGAUAGCCUGAAUGAAAUGUUUGAAAAAUACAAACAUAAAUACAUCAAAGAUGCCGAGAAUACCAAAUUGGUUAUUCGAUAAGUUGGAUAUUUAAUUUGUUACAGAAAUUAUUUAUUUUUUUAUGUCACAUAUAAGUUUGUUUUGUUUUAUUGUUAAUUUUUUUAAAAGUGUUUUAUAAAGUUUAAGUCAGAAGUUG